GCAAAGAAGCUGGUCCAGAGUACAUGAACCUGGUAUGCAUACAACACCCUCUAAUCCCGACCCCCUUCUGCUUGCGCGACAUACAUAACAGCGAAGGGUUCUGUGCACGCUGUCUCGGUGGGUUUGGUUCAGUGAAGUGUGAAGAUGGAGCAGACUUUCAUCAUGAUCAAACCCGACGGUGUUCAGCGAGGCUUGGUGGGUGAGAUCAUCAGCACAUUUGAGAAGAAAGGUUUCUAUUUAAAAGGAAUGAAGCUGAUUAGCGUGGAGCGCCCUUUUGCUGAGAAACACUAUGAGGAUCUCUCAUCAAAACCGUUUUUUGAGGGCUUAGUCGAGUACAUAAUAUCUGGUCCUGUAGUCGCUAUGGUAUGGGAAGGUAAAAAUGUUGUUACUACAGGUCGGAAGAUCAUAGGAGCUACUAACCCGUCGGCCUCGGAUCCUGGUACUAUCCGUGGCAGUUUUGCGGUGGAGAUCGGCAGGAAUGUAAUCCACGGAAGCGAUUCUGUCGAGAGUGCUAAGAAGGAAAUUGCUCUGUGGUUCCCCAACGGGACCGUGAACUGGCAAAGCAGCCUUCAUCCUUGGAUCUACGAGUGAGGUAUUCAAAUUGGUGGAUGCUUAGUUACUACUCUGUGUUUGAUACAUGUGGACCUGUAAGCAUUAGAGGUCUGUAAACAUAUGGAGAUGAGGAUGAUAUCCAGCAGAAACAUCUGUUUCUGUUUCAUGAACAUGUACCGUGAGGUUUGUUUCACUUAGUUACCAAGAACAGUUUGUAGCAUCAGAAAAUAGUUGUGAUGUCUGGCUGGUGGCUGGUUAGCGACUCUCUGAUCGUCCCUA